AAAUCAAAAAUAGUUGGAAAACUACAAUACCAAUUGCAUGUGCAAGUAUUAUAUUUCCUGUGGGAAUUGGUUGUGCAGUAGCCUUAUGGUUCUAUGAUAUGAAUUCAAAUUUUCAAUCGAAUAAAAUCGCAUUUAUUCUAUUUGUUGCAUCUGGUUUUGGUUUUUCUGCUUUUCCUGUUCUUGCUACAUUGCUCAAUUCAAAUGGUUUAUUGAAUAAACCAAUUGGUGUUCAAACAAUUUCUUUGGCUGCUGUUGAAGAUAUUUCUGUAUGGGUUAUUCUAGCGAUUGCUAGUGCUUUUUCAUCAGGCGAUUCAGCGCUUCAUGGUCUUUACACUUUAUUGCUUACAAUAGCAUUUAUUGCGAUUAUGGUUUUUAUCAUUCGACCCAUUCUUAAGAGGCUUCAUGGCUUUUAUUUACGUCGUAAUGAUGAUACCAAUGUUUACUUAGUUGUGAUAUGUUUUUUAUUACUUGUUGCUGCUGCAUUUACAACAGAAGUUAUGGGCAAUGGUCUAUGUCUUCCAAGAAAAGGAGAAUUAACUAACUUUUUGGGUCUACGUAUUGAACUUAUCAUUGUUGAAUUUUUUUUACCUCUUUACUUUGCUAAUAGUGGUCUUCGUACACGUUUAGAUUUACUUACUACAGGUCAAUCGUGGUGGACACUCGUUGUUCUUAUCUUUCUUGCUUCCAUUGCUAAAAUACUUCCUGUAGCACUGAUGUCAAAGCUUUGUACAAAAAAAUCAUGGUCUUAUUGUUCAUCAAUGGGUGUACUUAUGAAUACACGUGGUAUUGUACAAUUAGUUGUUUUAAAUAUUGGUGUUGAACUUAAAGUUAUUUCACCAAUUAUUUUUGCUAUAUUCGUUUUGAUGGCUACUGUUUUAACAUUUUUAACAUCACCAAUAGUAUAUUUACUUUAUCGACGAGGUUCUGAUAAGGAAAAAUUAUCUAUGGACGAUGUUACCGAAGAAUUAGAUGCAGUUAGAGAAGGUUAUAAUAAUAUGGUUGAAUGUGAAAGUACUAUUUACACAAUUUCAAAUGGUGAAAGAAUUAAUAUUAAAUUGAAUUCUUCACAAGUUAAUUCAAAUGCAAAUCGAGAUCAGUCUGAAGUCAUUGGCAAUAUUGUAGAAAUGCCAACAUGUCCUAGACGAGUUCUUAAUAUGACACGAUUUUAA